AUGGAUACGUCAACAGUAUCCACGCGCAGUGCCUCUUCUGCCCUGCGUACUCGAUCUCAAGGACCAAGGCGGCCAAAAACAGCUGCAAAUGGGACGGCACCACCGCAGAAACCACAGCGUAGCAAUAGUGCCACCCGGCUUCAGGUCGAGCAGAAAUUGCGCAGCCAGGCGGAGGAUGCACGCAAAAGGGAACAAGCCGAUGCCGCGUUUGUGGAAUGGUUGAAACGAAAGCUUAAUGCACCGAGAGAGCCAAGGUGCAGUCCAAGCAGGUCCGUUUUU